AUGAACCGCUUCAACUUCUUCACUGCGCGCCCUGCGGCAACCACACCAGGCGAUACCACCGACCCUUACGGCGACCGCACCCCUCUUUCUCCCGGCCUACACCCCAGCAGUGCCGAAACCGACACAGACGACGAAGUCCUCAACGACGACCUCGAAGCGGCUCGCCCCACCGCAGCCGCCACAGCAGGAGCCGCCGCCGCGUCUGCCAACGCAAACCACGAGAUGUCCGAACGCCAGCGCCCUACCAGCACUCGUUUCCUGCACCGUUUCCGCCCAGCCAUCCCUUCCUUCUUCAGCACCGCCGGCGCGUUUUCCGCGCCCGCUCCGCAGCCUGGCCAACACCAGCACCCGUACCACGGCUACGGCCAACGCUUCAGUAUCCGCCCAAGCAGCAGUCAUUAUUCCGAUUCCGGUGCCGGCCUACGCGGCGCACCGGAUACAGUGUUGGACUAUUACCCACCGCCGCAGCAGCAAUACGGUGCCCGUUCACGCCAUCCGGCACUGGGCCCGGAAAGUCCAAAAAGUCCGGAUCUGAACCUGAAUUUGAACUUGCCUGGGACGAGGUUAAACGUGCCUGGGCUUAGGGGCCCAUGGGGGAGCGGUGGUCGUGGGGAAGGGGAUCGUGACGAUGAGGUAGCGGACGGGCUGGCGACCCCUGCGGGGACGACAUGGCCAGGGCUGGUGGCGGAGCCGGAGCCGGCGGUUGUGAGGGACCGUGGAGAAAUGAGAAGGCAUGGUCGGCGUGAGCGAUCGGAUUCAGGCUCAGGGUCUUCGCGAGAUAGGGGGGAUGACGAGGAGCGCAGGCAAAGACGGCAGAGGAGGAGGGAGGAAAGGAGCGGAAGCGGAAGCGGGAGUGGACGAUCGAGACGGUCGGAGCGAUCCGGGAGGAGCCAUCGUCAUCAUCAUCAUCACCAUCAUCGGUCGAGACGUGGCGAGGAGGGCCGGGCUGAGAGGCGGGAAAGACGCGAACGUCGGCAGGGGGGGGAUAGUUCGAGCGGGAGUAGUGGGAGCAGCGGAAGUCGGAGGUCCUCGCGCGACAGUAAGCGGCCGCCGAGGAACUUCCUCUUCUGCUUUCCUUGGGUUAAGUCGCGGCGCAUUCGCUCGCAUAUCUUGCGGUGUUUUGUGUCGGGUAUCUUCCUGGUGUUGACGCUGGCCAUCUACCUCUCGCUGUUCUUCACAAAGAACAUCAACAGCACCGAGUUCACCAUCGUGCUUAUCCUCAUCAUCCUCUUUGUUACCAUAUUCUUUUGCUACAGCCUCGUCCGGCUGAUCAUGUUGAUCAUGAAGCGGCGCAAGCGGGAGCAAAUGGCCGCCUUGGGCCAGGCGUCGGCGCCCGAGAUGCUCGGUCCUAGUGGCUACGCCGUGCCGCGGGAACCCAUCCCUGUGGUUCUCGCCCGCGACGAGGAGGCGGUGGGCAUCCAGAGUGAGGCGACCAAGACCGGCCCGCCGGCGUAUGGCGUCUGGCGAGAGAGUGUGAGAGUCGACCCCAACCGACUCUACUGGAUGCGCAACCAGCAGACACAACCGGCGCAGCGGCAGCAACAGCAGCAGCAGCAACAAACAUCAGCCGAUGAAGUCUCGGAGCUGGGCAGCACCACGGGCGGCGGUGGUGGACGCCCGACUGCUGCGCCUCGCCCGCCGUCGUACUCAUCAGACGACGGCGUUAGCUAUGUAGUUGAGGCCCGUCCGCGGUCGAUGGCCCCGCCACGGGGAGGUGGCUACGGGGGACUCGGGCAUCCGUCGGAGAGCGGCAUGUCGGGGUCGUGGGUGUGA